UGACAACACUAGCGAUUAUGGCGUUUAUAGCGUGAGUGGAUCAGCUGGUGGUGGUGUGUCAAGUGGGCUUUCGUCAGCAGCAGGACCCAGGGCCAGCCGGGCGUGUGUUAUUAUUCUGCCAGUGUUACUAUUACCACUACUCUGUCCCUCCACGCCCCCAACAGACAGGCACCAUGGUUAAGCUGUAUGGCAUCUGCGUGCUGUACAAGGGGGCAGAGAGUACCAGGAUACUCAAGUCUGCCUAUGACCUGCAGCAGUUUGGGUACUUCCAGCGUAGCUCCAUCCAGGAGUUCAUGGCCUUCACCAGCAAGAUUAUCACUGAGAGGAGUAACCCUUGCUCAAGGCAGUCCAUAAAGGAACAAGAAUAUAUGUGUCAUGUGUAUGUACGUGCUGACAACCUGGCGGGUGUGGCCAUCUCUGACCAUGAGUAUCUGUAUCGAGUUGCCCACAACAUGUUGAACAAGGUGCUGGAUGACUUCGCAGCCAAGGUUCCAUCACACCUGUGGCCCAACACGGAGGAAAGCAUCAUGCCCUACCAGGAGCUGCCGGCAACCCUCAUACGCUGGCAGAAUCCCCGCGAAGCAGACUCACUCACCAGAGUACAGGAGGAGGUUGAGGAGACCAAGAUCAUCUUGCACAACGCCUUCACUGCUGUAUUGGAUCGAGGAGAGAAGCUUGAUGACCUAGUUGCAAAGUCAGAAAAUUUAAGCUCACAGUCCAAAGUGUUCUACAAGACUGCCAAGAAGACCAACUCAUGUUGUAGCUUUGGAUAACAGGCUGCCCUGAGGGUGGGCUGGGCCAAGGCAGUGGUGGUAGUGGAGCCUGAAGGAGAGGUAAAGGGUGGGUGCAGAUGUCUCCUACAGUGUGCAAAAAAUAUAUUACCCAGCCACCCUCACCUUCCAUGAGAUUUUAGGCCCGUAAACAAACAAGAGUGAGCAGACAGAGUUAGUAAUAAUGUGAAAGGUUGAUGGUUAAUAUUCUUAAAUUUUCCUUCUCAUUCUCACUAAUGAGGAGACUUGGUAAAUAUUUGUUCAAAUGUACCCAGAGGGUACCUGGGGUGGGUGGCUGGUUUUUUUUUUUUCUUUUUUUUUUUUGUGCAAUUGUUAGGACACAAUAUUUUUUUAAGGAGAUAAAUGAUCUUUAAAAAAGAAAUGAUACAAACUAAGAACUUUACCAAAUGAGCAUGAAAAAAAAUUAUGGUCUAUUUUCAAGAAACAUUUAUGAAAUUUUGAGAGAUGUGUUCAAGGUACUGAGAUACAGCCAUGUUGAUAUUUAAAAAAUAAUAUACCUAUCAACAGAGCCAUUAUAUUUUAGGUUAUUUGAAAACUAGAAAGGUGCUAUAACCUUUUUAUUUUCUUUGUAAACUAUUUAAAUUAUUUCCCCGUGAUGGCCUCUGAUUAAAAACUAGAGUCUCAUAUAGAGAAAAGCUUACCUCAUAGAGUGAGAGUCAGAGUUGAGCAUGCAUGCCUCUCAGAGAGGACAGGUACUGGGCAUAUUUGUCAGUUGGAAAGUUUUUAUUUCCUCCAAUAUACAUUUUCUUUUGUUUACUCGAGUUCAAUAAAAAAACAGCUCAGUUUGCUUUAGAGAAUAUUGUAACCUGACAUGGCUAGCUAUGGAUGAUAGUUUGCUCUUGCUUGCCAUACAUGUGGGCUAAUUAUUGAUGAUAUAGGGGAAGUGAGGAAGGUACGUGCAUAGCUUUGUUCCUCAGCACACCUCACACAGGCUGCAAGGUCACAGGAUUACUGGAGCUGGCUGUGUUUAUGUGAGUGCUGCUAUGUGUGUAUGUAACUGUUCCUUUAGAUGAUUCCUUGUACCAUAAGUGUGCUGCCCGUGUAUGUGUGCUUGCAUGUGUGUGAGUGAUAUGUUUUGCCAGUUUGUUGCUCAGUGUGUCAAACUUGUCCUGAUCUUGGUGUGUAUGGACAGGAACCAGGAGCCUCCAUACAUUAGGUGUACAGUAAUGUGUCUUAUUGUUACUCGGUGUCUGAAGCGUACCCUCGCUGUACUUGUGAGUGCAUGUAUGUCCUACAUGGUUUAGCAGGAAUACUUCAUCUCUCAUACUGGUCUAGUUUUGUCAAGUAUUUCUUCUAUUUGAGGAAACUUAAAGAUUCCUUAUUUGUGAUUAUUGAAAUUUUAAGUGCCCAAGUACCUAAGUAAGUGCUGAAGAUGAUUUAGUGUCUUGUGCAACUCUGAAUUAAGCCAGAUCUUAGGAACUAAGAUCUAUAAACACAGCAUACAUGUAAUGAAACAUGCUUUUAAAGAAACACUCGGUAAUCUCAGCUUAUGGAUUAUGAUAAUCCCCCUUUACUAUAAUAAGGUUAUAGUAAAGGUUAAUCAUAAGAGAUUAUAGACAAUUUUCAUGAGGUACAUUAGGAAGUAUGUAAAUUGAGUACCUACAGUAUGAACCACCAUAUGUAUAGAAAAGGCAAAUAUUUCAUGGCUAUAUCCACAUACUUAAGAUCUAGAGAGCGAGGCUGUAUGCACAUUUUACUAGAGAUCUAAAGGCUAAGCAGGACAGGACCAUGCUGACCUAUCAUUUGUCCUAAGUCAACUGACUUUACCAAAAAUAUCCUUCUUUAUAGUAUUUAUAAACUGUUCAGAGUCUGUGAAUGAAAUGAAGUUUUACAGAUUGUAUUCCCUUUCUCACACUGAAUGUUCACCUUUGUUAUACUUCUUUUCAUUACAGGUUGCAUAUUUCCAGAUUCCCAGUAAAUGUAGCCUUAAGGAGCCAACUAACAAUAAAUAUUUUAUAUUAAUCUUUUAUUUACUGCAUUAUGAAUGCCUUGAACUACACAUUUACAUUUGUAAUUAUAGUUAAACUUUUUUUAUUUUGAAAAUCAUGGGACCAAAACAAACCAAAUUUCAGGUCAUACCAGUUUACAAAAAUUCAAAUUCAUUAUGUGCAUCAGAGAAAAUGGAAUUUAGAACUUGGAAAACUGGGGAACUGGGAAAAUCAUCAGUUACCAAAAUGUUUCUACAUGAUACUUUAACAAUAUUGUAAAACACUAGUGGAGACUUUGGCACUUAAAUCUCAAAAAUUUAUGCAGCAAUUCCACAUCUGUAGACACUUUUGUGCUUUUGCUUUUAGCUGUGGUGCCACUCAUCUUAACUUCUGGCUUGUCAGAGAACAUCAUGUGGAGGUAACCCCCAAAAAAGUAGAAAAAUGAGUGUAAUCCAAAGAACUAAAAAGUGUAAAGAAAUACCCUGUAAUUCAUGUGUUUGGCACUUCCGUGGAGAAGGUAGUGGCCGAGUGGUCAGCAUGGGGGCGCGGUGUCCUGGAGGACCCAGGUUCGAGUCCCUCCUGCCACUACAAGCUGACAUUUUCCAGUCAUUUCCAAGUGGCCUAAGCCUACCCACAUGCUGUCUUGAAAACCACCUAUCAACCUGUACUCUAGAUUCACUUUAAAAGAGGAUCAAGACCGAGCUCCGGAGGACAGCAUGAGCCAAGCAAGAUGGCAUCGCUAUAAAACACUUGCCUGUGCCAUAAUGGAAUGGGGUCAAGGUCACCCAAUAGGCCCCACCAUGAAAGCCUGCUAAAAAAAAAAAAAAAAAAAAAAAAUGGCUAGCAUGCCUGGCUAUGAAUCCAUGUGUCCAGGUUUGACACCAGCCAGGGGCAGUCGGUGGCCAUCUCACCCACCUGUUCAUCUCCCCUUUUGGGCUGGUUGAUAAAUUGGUAAUAGGGCAGUGGUUUUUAACCUUUUCAGAGGCGCUGAACCCAAACAAAAACCACACAGUAGAUGAACCCCUCAAGCUUAAAAAAAAAUCAUACAAAUAUGGAAGAAAAAUUGCUUCAGAAUACAAGGGUAUAUUUGGGUAAUACAAAAAAAAUUUACUUUAAUUUUUACAAAAAUUAAAGAAAAUUUGUUUAAAAUUCAAUUGCAAAAUCGCAACGUGUUUCAGAGGGCCUUCGCCUAACCCCCGAAACUGACUCACCAUGGGGGUUCGGUCGAACCCAGGUUAAGAACCACUGUACUAGGGUACAGUUUGUGGUAACCCAGAUGUAACACUUUCUCAGUGGUGAAGGGUAAUAAGACUGAGAUGAGCAGAAGCCAGGCACAGCUUAGCAUAUGGUCUCAGCUUUGUCUAAACCAUUGGCUUGCAUUCAUAUGUAUCUUGUGAAGGUAUUCAUUAAAUUACAAACCUACUGAUGAUUGUUGCCUGCAGAAAAAGAAAAAAAUCAAUUCCCAAGAAGUAAAAAUCAAAUUUAAACUUAUGAUGGCAGCAGUGCAUGAAACAAAACUGAUGUUCAGUUUACUAGAUUCAAAGCAUUCUGGACAAGAAAAGUCUUCAAAAUUUGCCACAAAAAGGGUGCAGGAUUAAAGAGGUUCACCUGUUUCUCACAAAAUGCAUUCAUAUAACUGCUACUACUGUUAUAACACACACACACAUGCAUACACACAUGCUCACACACACACAUAACACACACACACACACAUGCAUACACACAUGCUCACACACACACACAACACACACACACACACACACACACACACACACAUACACACUCUGUGGCACAACUGGUUAGAGCACUGUGCUGACAGGGCAGCGGUUCGAGCCUGCUCAGGCCGGAUUCUUUCUGUUGACUAGGAGUGGUUACAAUCCCCCCUUGAGCAAGGGGGAUGCGGUGUGUGAGAUCCUGGCAGUAUCCAAAGAUCGACGAUAAAGAGCACUUGCUCAUGUCGGGAGGGUACCUGCUGGCGAUUAUGAGUCCAGCACGUGACCAGGCCGUGGUGAAUUACGCACACACACACACACACACAUACACAUACAAACAUGCUCACACACACACACACACACACACACACACACACACACACACACUUUUCCUGUAUUUCACAACUAGGUAAAUACGCACACACAUAAAAUAUAUAUAUAUAUAUAUAUAUAUAUAUAUAUAUAUAUAUAUAUAUAUAUAUAUAUAUAUAUAUAUAUAUAUAUAUAUAUAUAAAGUUGAAAACAAAUUAUAUAAAUUGACGUCAAGUAAGCCACAUUAAAAUUUAUUACAAAUAUGCCUCUUCUUCCUCUUAUGCAAAUGUGCUUUCAUAAGUAAAAGCUGUCUGUUCACCGAAUGUAUAGCCUGACAGUUUCAUAACCUGAAAGAUUAGGAGAGCAUGGAUCACUGUAGCAAGUCAGUUUGUACAGUGUAGUAGUGUGCUAUUUUUUUCCAAAGAUUACUCAACACUAUAGUUCUACCCCUCGCAACCUAAGAAUGGCCUAUAUUUGAGUCAGGAAAAAGAUAUUAGAAUUUGAUCAUAUAAAAGCUAAUCUGUAACAUGAGUAAGUAAUGUUUAUAACAUAAUACACCUUAGUAUGAUAGAAACUACCUGUAUGAAACUAUAUAAAGGUUUUCAAUGAAGAUUUGUAUAUUAUAUGAUGGUCAAAAUCACUUGCUGUGGUAUUUACUAUGGGUACAGUGCUUGUUUCUGGACUGAAAGGUUGUAAGUUCAAUCUCAGCUCACGGCAGCUUCCUGGUGAGGAAGGGGGCACUCUCUUGUGACCCUAGCAAUGCUAUAUGGUCUUUACCUAGCUCAGGGGGAUUUCUUAGUCAUCUUUUUAUUAAAAACAUUGAGGCAGACUUUAUUCAUGAUUAACAUUGCACUUUUUAUGGCUCAUUGCUGGAGCAUUAUUGAUUAGAAAAAUAAUGAAAUGACUACAGUUUUGUCAUGGUACAGAUGUUGCAGCCAUAAUUAGACCUCAAACUUUUGUAGCUUGCACUAAUAUUAACACAAAAUACAAAGAUUACAGAUAAUGUUCGUGCAGAAGAAGGGUUAUACAAAAAAAACAAGCUCUGUAUUUUGCACCAAGCUAGACCCCAUUAUUACAUGCACUGACACCUACAAGAUUGCCAGCACCCCUGCAUGCAGCCCCAACAGUUUCCUUGGCAUGCACGGGCGGUGGUUAUGGCGGUAUGCAUUAUAUAAUAUUGUAUGUGGUGAAAUACUAUAUAUGUGUCUGUAAAUGUUCCACACACACUCAUGACACUGCACUAAUAUGUGACAGCUUGACUGUAAUGCAUUUGUAUGCUUCAUCUUAUUUUUGCCAGUAUGAGUACUGCCUGAGACAUCUGCUUCAGGCAGGAAAAAGACAUUGUUAUUUUCUUUCUUUUAUUCAUACAAGGUAAUAAAUGAUGUAGUAACAAUAUGAAGGGCUCCCUUGAGUACCAGUUCACUGAACAAACCGCAUGUUAUCUUAUUUGGGAAGUUAUUUUCAGUGAUUUUUAUACAUCAGGCACCAGAUGUAGUUGACUUGUGAUGGGUUUUUACCACCGAGUACCUUGGCCAUCUCUGUUAUAAACACUUUGCAAUGAUGGAGCAAAGAUGUUUAGAAAUUCGGAAAGAAAGUGAUCGGGCAGCCUCAGGCAAUAUUUCAGGUUUAUUGCUGCUUCAAUCAAAUAUUUUACUACAAUAAUGCUGACUCAUUCAAAAUGAAGAAGUACAUUUGAAGUGAAUUAAUAAAAAGUAAAAGAACUGGAUUGCAUACCUCAACUGAUAACAGUAUGUGUAAAUGUUCCAUUUAGCUGUCCCAUACAGGAAUCUGUUGCUAUUUUGUGUUUCCAGGACAGCAGGGAAUGCUGAAUCCGUUUGUAACAAGGAAAUUUAUCAUAUUUACUGCCUAAGUUCUUUAGUUAGUAAGACUGCUCAUAUGGCAAGAAAAAUGAGCUAAUACUGGAGUACCAAUAUUCAUUUUACUUUGGAGCCUAUUUUUUCUUUUGAAAUUGAUUCAUGUAUUCAUAUCAGUAAUUUUGUAUAAAAUGAACUCACCUCAACCUUCUGUUUUGUCUAUAGGCAGAACCUGCUGCAUAAUUCAUAUAAGCAAUUUUGUAUAAAAUGAACUCAUCUCAACCUUCUGUUUUGUCUAUAGGCAAAACCUGCUGCAUACAUAUAAAUAAUCUGAGUGUCUCUUCUUGUACACAUGCCUCGCUUUUUUCUGAAAAUGUCACUUAUUUUUAGGACUGAAAGCUAUUAUGAUGUUUUUUUCCAUAGAUUAAAAACUUAACAUAGUCAAUGUAUAGAAUUUUCCUUAUUUUUAGCUGCCAGUCAUGAGUACUGAUUUUAAUGAAAAGUAAGAUACACCAUUGUAACUGUGUCAUGUUGAUGGAUGUGUGUUUUGACUGCUGUGUAAUGCAUAAUGAGGCAGAUGGUAGGUAGUGUGAGGGAGGUGGUGGUGGUGUUGAUGAUGGUGCUGCACUUUCAUAUGUAAACCUCCCUCCACCCUUGUCUUUUCCUUCACAACCCAUCUGCCUCCCUCACUCACCGCCUUCACGCAUACCCUCCAUCACGCUCCAUCACCUCUCCUCCCUCACCCUUUCACCUCCUUCCCCCACAGCACCUAAGUGGGCUUCAUGUAAAUCUGUGAGAUCAGUGUACAACUUUCCCAGUCCUCCAAUGGUCUACUAAAUGCUACAGAAUACUCUUGAGAGUUAUUUUUUUAAGUGGAAUUAACAUAUCUUUUAAAAUACAUUCAUUCACCAUGUGCAAUUUAGUGAAGAUACUGAGUAAUUUUAUCAUAUUACAAGUAUACAUACUCCUCUAAUGUAAAUACAAGCCUUGUAUGCAUCUAUGAUUAUUAUUAUUUUGUUUACAUAGAUACCAGAUUAUUUUUGAGAUAAUGUUGGCCUGUGUAAUGACAAUAGUCUUAAGAAUUAAAUAUGAAUGGGAAAGCACAAGUACUGUGUUUGUUGAAAAGACAAUCUUCUUCAUUCCUGUGAAUAACUAAACUGAUAGAUAUUAACAAACAGAAAGGAAACCUCAGGGCGAGGGACAACGGGACUUGCCUCGGGUGGGAGAUGGCAGAUCUUGGGGCUGAGGAAGAUGAUGGGAGGGAGAAGGAAGACUGGAGAGUUUUCUCAUGGUCAGUACAUAUUUUAAGGAUGACUUGCCACACCAAUUGUAGAUGUUCUUGUUUUCAUUUUAUAGGAGUGCAAUAAAAUGUAAGCCAAGGUGACAACACGUCCCUCAUGAAAUGUUUGGGUUGUUGAUGGGAUUUCCUUUAAUUUUGAUAUGUGUUGAAAGACAUCACCUAAAGUCCUCUUUCUUAUAACUUAUUUUUUAAUCAAUAAUGCUGUAAAAAUACUUUUCAGGUAAUCUCUCUCUCUCUCUCUCUCUCUCUCUCUCUCUCUCUCUCUCUCUCUCUCUCUCUCUCUCUCUCUCUCUCUCUCUCUCUCUCUCCCCCCCCCCCUUCAGAAGAGGAUGUAAGAUAACUCCCAGGGUUAAAUAGUAUCUAAGCGUUGAACUGUUAAAAAGUUUAUGUGCAUGGCUAUACUGGAUCAAUAACUAAAUACUAUAAUAAUUAUGGAAAACCACAAUUUUAGUCCUAGUAAUCGGUUGAGUUCAUUAUGUCUGGGUCCAUUAACUCUUCCCAUGCUAUAUAUAGCCAGUUUCUCCAUUUUGGCUGACAAAACUUAAGGAAAAUUCAUUGCAGGCUUACAUCUUUAACACUACAGCAAUAUCACAAAACUAAUCUUUGAAAAAUCAUGAUAAAGUUUAUCAUGUAUAACAUUUUCAACAAUAAUAAGAAUAAGGCAUAAAGCAGUGUAGAUUAGUAAACUGCUUUCUUGAGUCUCCCUUCAAUCAGCCCUGGCUAAGUGUUGUCUGUGGUCAUCACCAACAACUGGCGGCUGGCUGCUUGGGGGGUUAGUGGACACUUAACCUGCUAUUAUUUAAUUAUUAUGCACAGAACAUGCACACAUUUAUUAUUGUGGAAAGUUUCAUAUAUUUCAAUAAAUGUAUCAAGUUGCC